AAUAAGCAAUAAACUUGGCAAUACAAAAUAAAACGUCAAAUAAAUAUCUGAAUUUCUAAAACGAAAUGAAGUAUGAACAAAAAUGUUAACAUAUUUUAUUUGUAUUUAACAAAAACCGACUUUAUCUAGGCAAGAUGAAUGUGACUCUGACUAGCCUAGAAGCCUUGAUUUUAAAAGCUACACAUGAAACUCUGCCAUGCCCGGACGCUGCAGCGUUGGAAGCAUUUUGUGCCGUGAUGCGGGACUCUGCGGAGGGCCCGCAGUUGGCGACGCAGGCUCUGGGAGCCCGUAUACACUCGCAGAACGCUCGCGAAGCUCUACUCGCUCUCUCUAUGUUAGAUCGCUGCAUGCGACGUUGUGAUUCUAGUUUUCACGCCGAAGUCGGCAAAUUUCGUUUCCUCAAUGAAAUGAUAAAACUUGUUUCGCCUAAGUACUGCGCUGACCGAACUUCGCACGAUGUGAAGACGAGGGUUGUUCAACUCCUUCAUGCUUGGUCAAUUGAGUACCCAAAGGAAGCUAAGUUUAAGGUAGCAUAUGACAUGCUAAAAAACCAAGGAGUAGUGAAGGAGACACCACCCCCUCUGCCACCUGAAGAUGUAAUGCCACCUCGGAGCAGAGCAAAGAAUGCCAUUUUUGAAGAUGAAGAGAAAUCUAAAUUGUUACAAAAGUUACUUCAGAGUAAAAAGCCUGAAGAUCUUCAGCACGCAAACAGACUUAUCAAGACUAUGGUCAGAGAAGAGGAGCGUCGCAAUGAAGAAAGCAGUCGACGCGCCCAAGAGGUCGGUAACGCCCUCGACAGCGCUGAACUACUACGCGAGCUGCUCGCGAACGCUGAAGAUGCGUCACCGGAGGAGGAGCAGCUGAUCCAUGAGCUGCAUGUGUCGUGUGGAGCGCUGCGGUUAGCGCUGCAGCGGCUGGCCGCCUCUGAAACCGCCCCGGAUACACUUAAUGACAUACUCCACGCAAGUGAAGUAUUAGACGAUGUCUUUGAAAAAUACGACACAUUUUCUAAGUAUACAAAGGAGAAGAAGAAGAAAUCUGAAGCAAAAGCCCUAAGUACUGAACAGCCACAAGCCUCGAACAGCGAGAGCUUACUAGACUUUGCCGGAAACUUGGGCAGAGGAGACACAGUACUUAAAACUACAGCGAUAAAGAACACAGCGAUUGACGAACUUGGUGAUAUAUUUUCAACUGGUAGCGAUUCGAAGAACAUUGUGGAGCCACUCAAACCUGUAAACUUGAUGCCUAGUGAAGACGUGGAUUUAUUAGGCGAGAAACCAACAAAGGCAGAAGGCUGGAAUGAAUUGGAUUCGCUCGGCGAACAACUUAUAAAGCAGUCUCUUCCUGACAAUGUAAAACGACUGGAGAGUUUCAAUGGAAAAACGGCGAAGAAAAUACCAAUGAACGCUUUAGCCUCGCCGAAGCACGACCCGCUACCAUCCACGAACGGCGCUCUCUUCGACUUGGAUUUCUUCACGAAGAAGCCAGACGAGCCUACAAGCACAAUAGAUACUCCCAAAGCCCCGAUUAAGCCAGCCAGCCCUGAUGACGUCAUCGUCGACAUCAGCACAGACACACCAAGCACCUCAAACGUCAACAUAAGGCACAACUCAACAGACUCCCCCCUAGAUAACAUAUUGGACCUAAGUAUAGCCCUAGAAAACCCCAAAUGUAAAGUCUCGCCUUCAAACAGUGUCGAAUCAAACGAAGAAAAGAGAGAGAAGACUAAAAACGAAGUGAAACCAUUGACUGAUAUAGAUGUCUCCUUGUCUAACGUGACCCCUAGUGAUGUACCCCCAAUGACUAUAUUUGAAGAGGAUAAUGGCAUUACAGUAGUGUUGCACUUCUGUAAGGACAAGCCGAGGCCUGAUGUCAAUGUUAUUGUGAUAUCGACGACGAGUAAAAAUAAAAAACCUAUUCUAGAUUUUAGGUUUCAAGCUGUGGUUCCUAAGUGUUGCAAGGUCCGGCUGCUAGCUGCGUCGGGCACGUCCCUGCCGGCCUGCAACCCGUUCCUGCCGCCGCCCGCGCUCACGCAGGUCAUGCUGGUCGCGCGGCCGCCCUCCCGCCCCGCCCUGCACCUGCGCUUCGUGCUCUCCUACACCUGCGAGGAUGACUCCUGCUCCGAGAUAGGUGAUGUCCCAGAAUUACCCCUCAAUGAGAUAUAAAGGGUACACUUGAUUCUGUUGCUAGUAAAGAUUGUAAAGAAGAGGUGAUUUGUAUGAAAGUUUCAGAAUGUAGUCUGAGGCUACCUGUCCACUGAAGCAGACCAAGCCUGCGAGACGGAGAAAUAGAGAUAUAAUAAUAAUUAGGUAUUUGGCUAAAGAAAUAUAUUAAGAUAUGUAUACAAAAAAAUACACUAUU